UCGCCGUUUCAAAUCUCCGCUGAGGCCCGGGACCUUUGACUGACGUCCUCUCCCCUCGGGCUCGGCGUGGAGCGACUCGCCCAGCGGCCGUAAGAUUUAUCAACAGAUUUAAUUUCUUCACUGCCAAAAUGGCAUCACUUUCUACCUCUGCCCAGUGUUCGACAUCUGACAGUGCUUGCAAUAACUCUCCAAGACAAAUCAAGCAGGUACGACCAAAACUGCCACUUCUGAAGAUUUUGCAGGCAGCAGGUGCACAAGGUGAAAUCUUCACUGUUAACCAGGUUAUGCACUAUCUAGGCCAGUAUAUAACAAUGAAGCAGCUUUAUGAUCCACGGGAGCAGCAUAUGGUAUAUUGUGGUGGAGAUCUUUUGGGAGAACUUUUAGGAUGUCAGAGCUUCUCUGUGAAAGAUCCAAGCCCUCUGUAUGCUAUGCUAAGAAGGAAUCUUGUCGCUUUAACCACUGCUACUGCAGAUGCUGCUCAGACUCUCGCUAUCGCACAGGAUCAAAAUCUGGAUAUUCCAAGUCAAGACCAACUGAAGCCAAGUGCAGAGGAAAGUCCCAGUCCCAGGAAAAGUACUGAAGAAGGCAAUAUUUCCACACUGCCUACCUCACGGCACAAACGCACAAAUUCUAGAGAAGAUGAAGACUUGAUAGAAAAUUUAAGCCAAGAUGAGACAUCUAGGCUGGACCUCGGGCUUGAGGAGUGGGAUGUAGCGGGCCUGCCUUGGUGGUUUUUAGGAAAUUUGAGAAAAAAUUACACACCUAGAAGUAAUGGCUCAACUGAUUUACAGACAAAUCAGGACAUAGGUACUGCCAUUGUUUCAGAUACGACAGAUGAUGUGUGGUUUUUGAAUGAGGGAGUGUCAGAGCAGUUUGGUGUUGGAAUGAAAGUUGAAGCUGCUGAUACUGAACAAACAAGUGAAGAAGUAGGGAAAGUGAGAGACAAAAUGGUGAUUGAAGUGGGAAAAAAUGAUGACCUUGAGGACUCUAAGUCCAUAUGUGAUGAUACUGACGUAGAGGUUGCCUCUGAGGAUGAGUGGCAGUGUACUGAGUGCAAGAAAUUUAACUCUCCAAGCAAGAGGUACUGCUUUCGGUGCUGGGCCUUGAGGAAGGAUUGGUAUUCAGAUUGUUCUAAGUUAACCCAUUCUCUCUCCACGUCUGAUAUCACUGCCAUACCUGAAGAGAAGGAAAAAGAAGGAAUUGAUAUCCCUGACUGCCGAAGAACCAUAUCAGCUCCAGUUGUUAUACCUAAAGAUGUAUAUAGAAAAGAAGAAAACCCCAAACUCUUUGAUCCAUGCAACUCGGUGGAAUUCUUGGAUUUGGCUCACAGUUCUGAAAGUCAAGAGACCAUGUCAAGCGUGGGAGGACAAUCAGCUGGCCUUUUUAAACAGAGAGCAGUUACAGGAAAUGGGGAGGAUUGCCGGAAUCUUUUGAAGCCAUGUAGUCUAUGUGAGAAGAGACCACGAGAUGGGAACAUCAUUCAUGGAAGGACGAGCCAUCUUGUUGCUUGUUUUCACUGUGCCAGAAGAUUAAAGAAGGCUGGGGCUUCAUGCCCUAUUUGCAAGAAGGAGAUUCAGUUGGUUAUAAGGGUUUUUAUAGCAUAGCUGUGAAUCAGUGAAUUAGAGAAAUAAUAAGAGGGCCAGGGCACAUAUUCAGAAUGUCAGUAGUGAGCAUCUCCACUCAUUGUGACCCAUUAUUUAUUCAUAUAAGCAUUGUAAUUCAGGACAAAUGAGUUCUUUAGAACUAGAUCAUUAAUUUGGGGACUCGAAUUAAUGUGAAAAGAUUUAUUAGUCACUUCAUUCUACCUUCAGAGAUGAGGAUCUGGGCCGUGGCCAGUGUCACUCAGUUGCUUGGAGCUUUGGGACACAUACCCAGUUUUCGGAUUUAAUCCCCAUUUGGGGCACAUACAGGAAACUGAUCCUUGUUUCGCCCUCACAUCCAUGUUUCUCUCUCUCCCUCUUUCUCUCUCUCUAAUAAAAAAAGUCCUUGGGUGAGGGGAAAAAAAAUGACCUGGGAGGGAGCAGCUGCCAGUGCAGACAAAAGUAUGUUCGCUCGUUUAUUUACUAAAUGACUUGAAGAUUAACCUUUCUUUAGUUUAUUUUUUACUCUUAUUUUUUGUUAGGGCAUGUUUAGUCACAGUUGACAUUCAAUAUGUGUAUAU